AUGAACAAGGAAGAAAGGAUCGGGGACCGCCGGAAGGUAUCGACGUCGUCUCAGGUCACAGCAACGGUGACAGAGAUCAAACCAAGCCUCGAUAAGGUCCAAAAGAAAUUAAGCCCAAGUGUUAUUAACGCAGACACAACUCGUCUAACCUCACAGUUAACGGCGAUUUCACCAAAAUCAGACACCGGUUCAUCACUUCUUAACUACACAACACAUACCUUGACUGCCCCCUUAUGCACCGACUACCUCAAGCAACGGAGGUCUUGUUCAAUUCUCAAUCAAGUAAUAGUGGAUGAUGAACACCUUAUCCUUGCUGUUAAGCCGGAUGAAAAAAUUCCAUGCAAGGUUUUAUUGGAUGAUGCGAAUGAUGGGGCGAACUAUAGGAAGGGAGCACCUACGAAAUUCGUCGGUGGUGAUCCGAUGACAAAACAUAGUCGGGAAAUCAGACAUCUGACCGAGAAUGCUAUCAUCAAAGCGGAGAAUACGAAGGAAGGACAAGUUGAACCGUCAGAACUAGCCACUGUUGAUUUCCUUGUGAGCACAAUUGGUCUUUUCAAAGAUCUUCCUCUAAUCACUACUAACAUGGUACUUUCAAUCCUAACUGUUGAUUAUCCUAAGAAUUUGGUCUCUUGUUAUGUCUCUCAUGAUGGUGCUGUAACGCUUUCAUUGGAAUCUCUUGUUAUAAUCACCGAGUCGGUGAGGAAGUGGGUCACAUUCUGUAUUCGGAUCUCGAUAGAACCGAGUGCACCAGAUUUUUACUUCUCUCAAAAGAUCGACUAA